UUCAUGCGUCUGACGCUAGUAAGAUACAAGCCUCCAUCGUGUGCACACUGUGACAUUUACUUACUGAAGAAUUUAUAUUUAUUAUCAAUUAAUAUUAUUAAGUUGAUUUGAAAAUUUAUAAAAUUUCGUAAAAUCUCCAAGAUGUCACAAGACAUAUCUGGUAUGCAAACUGCUGGAGUUAAUUCAGAAGUACCAACAACAUUGGGAAAUAUACCAUCAGUUAAUUCAACAAGUCAAAUACCAAAUAUGAAUCCAACUCUACAAACAUCAGUACACUCCCAACCUCAACAACAGCCACCACAACAGCAACAAUUCACUCCACAGAUAAAAUCUCAACCACAACAACUGCCUCAGUCUAAUACUCAAAAUGCAUCUCUGGAUUACCAUCAAUUUUUAACCAAAUCAAGACUACAAGAUUUAGUCAAAGAAAUAGAUCCAACAGAGCAGCUUGAUGAAGAAGUUGAAGAAAUGUUGUUACAAUUAGCUGAUGAUUUUGUUGAAACAACAAUCAAUGCUGCUUGUUUAUUAGCUAAGCAUCGUCAUGCAAAUACAGUUGAAGUCAAAGAUGUGCAAUUGCAUUUAGAGAAAAAUUGGAAUAUGUGGAUACCAGGUUUUGGCACAGAUGAGAUUCGUCCUUACAAGCGAGCAACGGUAACUGAGGCACAUAAACAAAGAUUAGCUCUGAUUCGUAAAUCCAUAAAAAAAUAUUAGCACUGCGACAGACAAUCACAAAUUUCAUUUUGUAUGCGUUUUGAAAACUAUUUUCAUUAAUCAGUGAUAUCUACUCGUUCUAUGAGUAUACCGUGAAUGUAUCGAAAGACUGUAUCAUAUAAUAAAUAUAAAUAAUCAGUGUGCUUAGGAUAACUGAUUUAUAUUAACUUUAUUUGUUCUGAGAGCAAUUAAAUGUAAAAUAAAGAAAAAACUUUUGUAUGAUACCUAUGAAAAUAAAUAAUUAGUUAGAAUUGA